CAGAGGGUUUGCAUUUUCAUUAGAUUCUCAAACAUGGAUGCAACUUAGAAAAAGUAAAAGGGUUGCUUCAUUGAAGGAACGCUUAACGGAACAAGAAAGGAUCAAAGCUCUACGGAAAAACAAAUCAUGCGGUCUUCAGAAAUGAGGAGAAAGGCAGCCAUCUGAAAUGGUCAUGAACCCCAAACAAGUCUUCCUCUCAGUGCUGGUAUUUGGAGUAGCAGGACUGCUCCUCUUCAUGUAUUUGCAAGUCUGGAUUGAAGAACAGCAUACAGGGAGAGUGGAGAAGAAAAGAGAACAAAAAGCAACUUCAGUGACUAGAGAAAAAAUCCAGGAACAUAUCACCGACCAGAACCCCAAGUUCCACAUAACUGAGGAUCCCAAGGGAAAAAAGGAAAACCUUCUGCUCAACUCUGAGAGGCCAACUAGGAUCUUAAGGAAGACCAGCCACUCACAAGGAGAGGACCAAACUUUGGGUAAGACCACAGGGCCACCAACAAUUAAGCUGAGUGAAAAACAUGAAGGAACCAGGACCAUUUUUAAGAAGUUCAUCGAAAUGAAGUGGCCAUUGGACAUUCGCCCUUUAAACAAAAGUUUAGUCAAAGACAACAGAUGGAAGGAAACAGAUGUGGCCCAGGAGACACGCAGGUCUUUCCUUCAGGAGUUUUGCAAGAAGUAUGGUGGGGUGAGUCGUCCUCAAUCACAUCUUUUUCAUAUGGUAUCCAGGAUAUAUGUGGAAGAUAAACACAAAAUCUUAUAUUGUGAAGUACCCAAGGCUGGCUGCUCCAACUGGAAGAGAAUUCUGAUGGUGCUAAGUGGGUUGGCUUCCUCUGCAUACAACAUCUCCCAUGAUGCUGUUCACUACGGGAAGCAUUUGAAAAAACUAGACAGCUUUGACCUAAAAGGAAUAUAUACUCGUUUGAACACCUACACCAAAGCUGUUUUUGUUCGUGACCCCAUGGAAAGGCUAGUGUCAGCGUUUAGGGACAAAUUUGAACACCCCAAUAGCUAUUACCAUCCAGUAUUUGGGAAGGCGAUUAUAAAGAAAUAUCGGCCAAAUGCCUGUGAAGAAGCAUUAAACAAUGGAUCUGGAGUCAAAUUCAAAGAGUUUGUCCACUAUUUGCUGGAUUCCCACCGUCCCGUAGGAAUGGACAUUCACUGGGAAAAGGUCAGCAAACUCUGCUAUCCAUGUUUGAUCAACUAUGAUUUUGUAGGGAAAUUCGAAACUUUGGAAGAAGACGCCAAUUACUUUUUACAGCUUGUGGGUGCGCCAAAAGAGCUGAAAUUUCCCAACUUUAAGGACAGGCACUCUUCGGAUGAAAGAACCAAUACUCAGGUCGUGAGACAAUACUUAAAGGAUCUGACGAGAACUGAGAGACAAUUAAUCUAUGACUUUUAUUACUUGGACUAUUUGAUGUUUAAUUAUACCACUCCAUUUUUGUAGUUUGCACUCAUUUUCUAAAACCCUGUAUUUACUCCAGGAUGAUGGCCUCCAAUCAGCUAACUGUAAUUUUCCUACAAUUCUCUGUAUGAGAGAGGAUCUAACUAAGUGCAAUUGUCUCGAUUUAAUGAAGGUUUUUUCCCCAAUAGGAUGACACCAAUUGGCACAAAGUUAUAGGAAAAUUACCUUAGAGAGACGUGUAAACAACUUGACUUGCUCUAAAAUGUUUGGGAAAUAGCUGCUUUUGCAUUAUGGAUUAUAUUAUUGAGGCAAUAACCCAGCCAGCUGCUGCAUUAGCUUCAACAACCUCUUGCAACGAUAGGAAAAGGUCUAAAAUAGCAUGAGUAUAUGUCUACAUCCUGGAAUUUGUUGUCUAAAGUGCAUAGAUAUAUUUUUAGCAGUCUGUGACAUACUACUCGAACAUCGGAGAGUUUUCUUACACCCCAGAAAUCUUUUUACCGACUGCAAUGAUAAAUCAAUUUUGAAAUAAUAUUUUGGACCUAGGCAUUUAAAGUUAGAUUGGAAGGCAUAUGUGAUUUACAAUAUGAGAGUAGAGCAGAAAAACCAGAUGAGGCUAUGGCUUUUUAUAUUCAACAGCCAAUAAAAAAUGCACAACAUGCUAAGAUCAAACCAGCAAAAACAACCUUCCUCUUCCAGAAAAACUUAAGGGAAUUGAUUCUGUUUUCUUUUGAGCCUUCUGUGCAGAGACAGAAUGAACAUAACCACUAAAGGUCUUUGCUUCUGAAGCAGGCGGUUGAGAAGUUUCAGCCUCGUCAGAUAUAAAUGUGCUCCUAAUUCUGGUUUAAUUGGGCAGGGGGGAAAUUGUUUCAGGAUGGAAUAAUCAUCAAAAACAAAAGUUGCCACUCUGAAUGUAGGCCUCAAACAAUAACAAAGUUUUAUAAGAAUAUUAUUGGAAUCAAAGCAUCAUGUGCAUACCUUUCUACGUGGAAUGUGCUUUAAGAAUAGCUUUUGUUUCCAGUCCAAUUACUUAGCUUGGGAAUGACUUUUUAAAAACUCAUAUACGGCUUCAAAGAUAGGUUAUAUUCUAGAGAAUAAACAAAACGAGAGCCCCUAGAAACAUUUUUAAUAGGCUUAUGCAUAAACAAAUUAAGGUAUUUUCUUUUUAAGUUUAAAUAUUCUAUACCAACAGAGUCAGAUACCAUGGCAUUCAAAUAUUAAAUUAAAGUUUUCAGAAAAUAGGACCAUGUGUCACCCCUAUCAAAAGUUGUAAUGCAUUUUGGGGAUUUUUUCCAACGGACCCUAAAUUUGAAGACACAUUUGGAUGGGGAACUUAUUUUAAUUGGUUGACUAUUACUUUCAGUUGAAACCACAUGUCAUUCAAACGUUGUUUAAGUGCAGCUCUUGAACAUGUUCCUCUUCCCAAACGAUCAUUGCUUCUCAUCAGUCAAUAUUCAGUAAUAUCUCUCGGAAAAAAAGUAGGUAUUAAUAUUUAAAUAUUAAUAGACCAAGCUAGUUACAGUUGUACUUAUUUUAUUCUGAUUUUCCAUUUCAUGGCUGAGUAUUUAUGAAUUGCUUCACUCUACUCAUGCCUGCCUUGUGCCAUCUGUGUCUCCCAACGAGGACGCAACUGCAGCGGGCUCCUGGAUCUUAAGUAUUAAACCUUCUAAGCCAACCUUUUACUACUUUCCACUCCAUUUAUUCUUGCCUCAAGACCAUACACUUAAGCCGUGCUCUCUGUUUUUAAAGAGUUUUACUCUAGAAUAUCUACAUCAUAUAAUUUAAAUUUUGCUGUACCAUGUAGAGUGGACUCCUUAUAACUUGGAGACAUGAAAUUAUCUUUUUACGGAGGAAGAGGGGGAAUAGAAGCCAAGAGGCCUAAAAUUUUAUUCCUAAACUCCAAAAAAAAAAAAAAAGCCCUAGUUUUCGAUGGAAUCUGCUCUAAAGUAUAGAAGCAAUUUUCUCAACGUUAGGAACAAAAAAAAACCCUUCUUUUCAUAACGUUGGAAGAAAAAAAUAGAAACAAG